AUGGCUCAUGAUUCUAUGGAUUUUAGUCCCAUCUCCCUCGAUGUAUUCCAGACUCUAUCUUUUGCCAAGGCCUUGGUGCUAUUUCGAGUGUGCAAGUACCUGUGGCUUACUGGUGACUUUUUCAGCAUCAUCAGUGAUCAUAAUGAGAAGUGCAUCAAGGGCUAUAUGAGACACAUUGGCAUAGCAACUAGUAUCAUUGCAGAGUUUUGGACUCUAAGGGAUGGAUUGGUGCUAGCUUCCCAGCUUGGCAUUACCCAACUUCUUGUGGAAUUGGAUGCAAAAGUUAUUGUUGACCAGGCUCUCUCUAAGAAGCCUUCUAACAAUUCAUAUUCAUCAUUGCUUAAUGACUGCAGGUACCUCCUAGGACAGUUCCACCGAAUCAAGAUCAGCCACAUGUUUCGGGAGGCGAAUAGGUGUGUUGAUUACCUUACUGAAGGAGACUACUCCCUUCCAAGGAACUUAGUUGUUUUAGAUUCUCCUCCUACUAAUGAUUUAUUUGUAAUUUUGAAUUCAAAUGCUACUGGCAUGUACUCCUUAAGGCCUUCAGCCACUACUUCGCCUUUUAUGGUUAGUUAA